AUGAAGUUCUUUACUAUCUUCCUCACACUUGCCUCCGUGGCUACUGCCAUGGCUGUUGCUCUUCCUGAACCUGAAGUCAAGAUUUCCGGCAAGCUUGUUUCUCGCGAUGAGUUCGAGCUUGCUAUUCGUCAGGCGGGGUGCUCUGCUUGUAUCCAAGGCAUUCGAUGCUGCAAUGGCUCCUGCAUUCGUGGAUGCUAA